UGUUAUAGUGUAUACAGAGUCUAAAAACAUUUUUGCAAAGUUGUUUUUAAUGCAAUUCAAAAUGGUUUAAAGAUAAUGUAUUACAUACAGUAUACAGAACUGGGGAUGUAAUGCAACCUUUUAUGUCUCACUGAUAAUAAAAUGGGUAAAGGAGGGUAUGAAAUUAUGCUGAUUAAUAAAUACAUUUUAUUUAUAAGCUAGACGAGAUGAAUUGAUUUAACUUACUUUAACAACACAUUAGUCCCUCAUGUCCCUCAGUACUUGGGACUUCUUAUCUUAGACUUUGUAACCGAGUGCCAACGUGGAUUUACUUAUAUGUAUUUAAGACCAGAUGGAGUUAGUUGUGUUAACUGUAUUUGUUCAUUUACACUAAUUUGGUGAUUAUUUUGUAUUUUUAUUCAUUUAUGUAAAUACAUGUAUAUGUAUUGUCUAAUUAAAACUUUGUAAUGUACUGUUUGAUAAACAUGGACAGACGCCCCUAGCGGCUAAAUAAAUCCUCCAUUCACUACCUAGUCAUGGAUUUGUGGUGUAACGGAGUAAUAAUGUUAUAUACAGUGUUUUUAAUAUAUUGUAUAUCCAUAAGUGGUUGUUUUGAAAUGAAAACGAUAUAUUGCACAAUAUCUGACAGCUGUGACUGCGAUUUUAAGCCAAACAUGCAAGGGCUAGAGUGGGACCUUUAUAAAAAUCUGUAUGGACAGCAUCUGGUGCAGGAUAUUGUGUCUGAGUCAGUGGCUAACUUCUUGCAACACAGGAAUCCAGACAGGCCACUGGUUCUCUCCUUUCAUGGAGCUUCAGGCACUGGAAAGAGCAUGGUGAGCUCUAUGCUGGCUCGUCACCUGUACGGUGCCUCCAUGGGCAGUCCAUACAUCCAUCAGUACGUCCCCACACUGCACUUUCCACUUCCUGACCGUGUGAAGCAAUACAGGAGAGAUUUGAAGCACUGGGUACAAGGGAACCUCACAGCCUGUGCUCGCUCAGUCUUCAUCUUUGAUGAGAUGGAGAAGAUGCCUCCUGGAGUGAUUGAUGUUCUGGAACCAUUUCUCGGGCCUUCACAUGUUGUUUUCCAGACCAACUACCGCAAGGCCAUCUAUAUUUUUAUUACUACAGCAGGCCAGGAAGUCAUUAACAAAGUGACACUGGAGAGUCGGCAGGCAGGACGAGACAGAGAGGAAAUUCAGGCAGAGGAACUGGAGGAAGCUAUUGCAGAUGCUGUGUUCAACAAUAAGAAAAGUGGAUUCUAUAACUCGAAAAUAAUCUCGGAAAAGAGAAUAACCCACUUUGUGCCCUUUCUGCCCUUGUGUCGGCGACACGUGGAGCGAUGUGCCCAUCGGGAACUGUGCCAGCGUGGCGAGUGCCAGCGCAAGGAUGUGUCAGUGGCAGUAGGGGGCGCCAUGUUCUACACACCACAGGAUGGGCAACACUUCUCAAGCACCGGCUGCAAGCUGGUACCUGCUAAAGUCAAUCUUUUCCUUUGAGCCAUGGGGGUGAUACAAGUGGACAUAACAGGAACAUCAAACCAGCUGGUGUUGAUCUGUGCCAGUGCACAGGAGCAAGCCAGUACACACUUGUCUUUUUGUAAGGACAUUGGUUCUGCAUGAACGUGCUCAAAAAUCAGAAGUACAGCUCUGAACACUGGCUCUAAGAUAAGUUUACAUAAAGUAAUAAAAUGCUGAUUAUCUGGGGAUCAAUCAGUUUAGAAAGAUGCAGGUAGGGGGCCAUGCAGGUGAGGAUUUUCACGAUGAAACUGAAAGUAUUUUCACCAAACACAGCAGUUUGCUGCUGAUUAUUGUAAGGGAACAGAUGUACAGGCCUGCAGUCAGCUGACUGGACCAGUUUGUUUAAUUAAAAAGGAGUUAUUUUCUCGAACUGCAAGAUAUUUUUAGCUGACUCGGUACAACAUUUUUGUGCUAUUUACAAAUCAAAAAUAUUAGUAAGUUUAAUUAAUAAUGAUAUGGACGCACCAUGAUACCAAUCAAAAGUUUGGAUGCUAUGUUUAUUAAUCAUUUAUUUAUUUUGUUACUCCUGCCUUGUUUAUAAAUACUAGAAAAUUAUGCAAAAUUACCAAACAAUGGGAUUUAAGUUCUACGUAGUAACUGUUAUGUUUGUGGGUGAAGUCCAUGCUUUCCAAAUUUUAUUAAAAAGUUUUUAGACAGCCAAUAAUAGUACACAGAUAUUUAGAAUUACACUUUUGGCCACAAAAUUUUAAACAUAUGUUUAGAUUUUUUUGCCCAGACUUUUGACUGGUUCAGAAGGUGGCAAAUAAAGUACUGUAUUUUACAAUACUGUAAAUGCAGAUGUUCUUUUGUACUGCUCAUAAGUGAGAUUUAUUGUGUUUAAAAGUGAUGAGCAUUGCUUUGUGUAUUGUGAAUAAUCAAGAAAGGCCUUUUUCAAGGUUAAAAAUUCAGAAGAGUGAUCUGCAAUCAUUGGACAUUGCAGUCAGACGAGCCUCUGUGUUGUUGUGAAAGAUGUGAUCAACUACAUAUGAUAUCAAAAACAUUUCCCGGGUGGAGAUUUAAACAAAGUUCAUAUUUUUAAUGGCUCAAAUAAGGAUUUCUAAACCAAAUGUGGUAUUUCUAUUUUUAAAUGUGUUUAUAAUGCAAUUGCCAUAACUAAAAAAUGAUUAAGUAAAUUUUUUUGUCAAUUGCAGAACAGCAGAACGCACCUAAAAUGAUCAUAUAUGUUUACUUAGUCCCAUGUAAUUUAUCAUCAUAGUGCAACAAGGCUGUUGGGUUAUUUAUUUGAGCUUGUUUAAUGGCACUUAACAAAGACAGAAAUACUGUAAUGUGCCUGAAACAGAUUAAAUGCUUGAAAUUA